AUGCUGGCUCUAUGCAUAACAGUAGCGAUAAUGUUUCUUGGUGUGAGAUCAGAACUAAAUCAGGACAUAAAAGGAUGUCAAGAUUCCAUGUCUGAUCUCUACUCUUGUCUUCCUUUUGUCACUAGCAAAGCUAAAGCUCCAGACUCAACAUGUUGCACCACACUCAAGGAAAAAUUAGACAAAGGGCAUACCAAGAAAUGUCUAUGUAUUCUUGUCAAAGACAGGGAUGAUCCUGGUUUAGGGUUCAAAGUUGACGGCAAUCGUGCAAUGAGCCUCCCUUCCACUUGUCAUGUCCCUGCAAAUAUCUCACAAUGCCCAGAAGAGCUUCUACAUUUGCCUCCAGAUUCACUAGACGCUCAGAUUUUUAAGCAAUUCACUGAAUCCUCUCAGAAUGCUGGACCUAGAGCAGUCUCCAUAGGUUCAAGCGUUAAAGGAAGAGAUAAGAAGCAAUUUGGUCUAGUGAUUGCUGGAGCUUUCUCAGUAUGGUACUUAGUGUAA